CUUAUCGUUUGAACCCAGUUUCCCACAGUCCCUGAGCCGGUGGCCAGCUUCCUUCUCUUCCCAGGAGUCCCGGGAUCUCUGCCGCGGGCUCUGCUACCUCCUGACUCGCUGCUCUGUGGAGACUGGUAGUGAGGAGCUGGUCGUCGCGAUCCAGACAUGGGUUAUGUGUCCACACUACAUCGUCUGGUGUGAGAACUAUUGGAUACCAACUACCCACGACUGCAAUAUCUCCAGUUUCUCAUGGUAAUUCAAUCUUACUUGAGGACAUUGCUAUGAACUUCACCUGGUGGGAAUGGCAGGACCUGGAUGCUGCUCAGAGGACCCUCUACAGGGAUGUGAUGCUGGAGAACUACAGCAGCCUGGUGUGCUUGGGACACUUCAAGUCCAAACCUGAGUUGAUAUUCAAGUUGGAGCAUGGAUUCGCACCAUGGACUGUAACAGAAGCCUCAGUUCAGAACCUCCUUGAAUAUGGAAAAGGUUUCUCUCUAAAUUUACACUUCAUUAAUCAUCAGGGAACACAUACAAGAGAGAAGCACUUUGAAUGUACAGACUGUGGGAAGGCUUUCUCUAGGAAGACACACCUUACUCUAUAUCAGACAGCUCAUAGAGGAAAGAAUAGGUAUGAAUGUGGAGAAUGUGGGAAAGCAUUCUCAUACAAUCAACUCAUUUUACGUGAGCUCAUACAGGAGAAAAGCCUUGUGAAUGUAUAGAAUGUGGGAAAACGUUCUCCUACAAAUCACAACUCAUUUUACACAAGAGAGCUUAUACAGGAGAGAAGCCAUAUGAAUAUACAGAAUGUGGGAAAUCCUUCUUCUGAAAGGCUACACUUGCUCUUCAUCAGAGAGAGGCCAUAUGCAUGUACAGAAUGUGGGAAGGCUUUCUAUGUCAAGUCACACCUCACUGAUCAUCACAAAACUCAUACAGGAGAGAAGCCCUAUGAAUGUACAGAAUGUGGGAAAUCUUUCCAAUGAAAUUAUACCCUUACUUUUUGCCAGAGAACUCAUACAGGAGAGAGGCCCUAUGCAUGUACAGAAUGUGGAAAGGCUUUCUCCUUAAAGUCACUCCUUACUGAUCAUCACAGAACUCAUACAGGUGAGAAGCCCUAUGAGUGCACAGAAUGUUGGAAAACUUUCUCAUACAAAUCAAAACUCAUUGC